UAAAAAUGAAGCAUUUGAUAUUAUUUCAUAUAAACGUGUUGCCUUUACUUCUAUGUGCCUCCAUGAAAGUUGAUUUGGUUGUCAAGAAGUUCUUAAAUGAUCGUGAAAAUGUCACUAAAUGUAUGUAAAUGGAAUGAUAGUGCAUUAAUCACAUUGAUGAAUUGUAGAUGUGAACUGCAUGAAAUUUGCUACUAAACAGUACUGGAUGCCAGAAAUAAUACAAGAAAUAAAAGUGCCGGAAUCGUCGACUCUACACCAGUGUAUCAACACAGAAAUAUCCAAAUAUAACGAUAUUUUCCGAUUGUCUACAUUGGUUAUCGAGAUAUACGAAGUUAUGAAGAAUUACAAUAUACAUUUAUGUACGUUAUACUGAACCAAAUUUUUUUUGGAGGAUAAAUUUGACCCAAUAAACAGUUCGCCUGUGAAACGUGUAGUGUUUAUGUAAGCUUUGGAUUAUUAUUCAAAACUGGUUUGUAUGCUCACUGAAUAACGUACUCAAAGUAAAGUAUCUAAAUGUACCAUUAAAUGAAAUACAAGUCACACAUUACAAUUCAAUAUAUCAUAAAACAUUUUGCGAAAUUGUUCGGUGAAAUCACGUCACUCAUUACACUUUAAAAUGAGUCACUCAGUGUUUGUUUGGAAACAUUUUAGUGAAACAUCGUCUUCUAACAGAUAUUGUCAAUGAAGUUAAUCGUCGAAACACAAAAGUGUGAAUUGUGAGUCAAUUAAAUAUGUUUCAUCGACCAAAUACUUUCGUGUAAUUAUCCGUUAUAUAUUGUAUGGAAAAUGAAUUUACUAAUGAUUUUGAUUGAUGCAAGUGUCAAACACAAGUUGAUCAUAAUUGUGGCGGUCACUAAUGCGGUUGGAAAUCACAUCUUGGAUUCCGUCAUAAGCCAAAAUCCCAAUGUCUGUUUAUUAUGUUCGAAUAGUCAGUAAAAGACACCGAGGAGAGUUCGACAACACAAUCAAAUGGGUAUCUUGAUUAUUUCAUUUGAAUUCGGAUAAUUUACGGUGAAUUCUAUUUCAGUUUGUCCAGUUCAUGAAUAAAUUGAGUUGUGUUCAUUUGAGUUGAAACGAUAAAUAAUAUAACAUAUCGGUUAUUGAUUACACGAAUCAGAUACCACUUUAUAACUGUGAUUCUUUCGCAUGAUUCUAAUAAAUUUACAUGCAUGACUUUAUUUAGUCUAGAAGAUGCUCGAAAGUUAUCGAAGUCACGUUUCAAAAUGAUGAUGAUAAUCAUUGUGAAUUAUUGGUUAAUUUCGUUCGGACAUCGUUGCGAUAACUGAUUUAACAACUGUUCUAUUACUCUCCUUUUUCUUCUUCUUCUUUGAGUCGUUUUAAUGUUGAUAUGUGGCACUUACAAGCAAUUAAAAUUUCGAGAAUACUGCAAUAGUACUGUAACCUUAUUUUGAUGCACUCGAUUACCAAGCACAUUAUUAUGCAAUUAUUUGCUUACUCUUCAAUAAUCCAUUUUAUUUAUUCAAUUGUCACAAUUGUGCUUUUA